GUCGUGGUUCGUGGAAAAAGUCAUUUCUGAUAAUAAAAACCGGUUUAAAGAUUGUCGAGCCGACAAAGUUUUAUUUCUCAAUUAAAGACAUUUUUUAUGAAUCUACUGAGUAUUAGUGUUCGAUAAAAUAAGUAAUUUUCGUAAUUAGCAAUAAUGUAGAGUGAGUGGUGAUAAGUGCCGAAUGAGUCUUGUCAGUAUUGUGGGGACUGUGGAGAAGAAAAAAGUAGGGGGUGAAGUCACAGGACGCAUGUCAGGUGCAACUAUGUAUACACAUUUUGCUUUGAGACUGUAUUUAAUAGACACAUCUACUGUUGUGCAGUACAACAUUCAAACAGUGCAGAAAGGCGGGUGGUCGAUGAUAGUGUGCAAGUGUUUCAAGUGCUAUUGUUCAUGACAUUGUCAGCUGAUUAUACAGUGUUAAUCAGUGAAUUUUAUACACACAUUAUAUGACAUGUUAAUACUUUAUAUGUGCCGUGUUGAUUGUAGCUAGUCAGUGCCAAGUUUUAUAAUAUGUAUACCGCGAAUUCUUACGAUCUUCAAGAGUUACUUAGCUUUGUAAGAAAAGUGUAUUUGAAGAAACGGUCUAAAGGACCAAGCAUAGAAAGCAGAAAUAUUUUUUUCUUGUUGCGGACUAUUAAAGUUGGCAGAUCUAUAUGGGGCAAUGCGUAUCUCGUAAAGCGGGGGCUGUCAUCGCAGCAUCCGGCUACUCACCAUCGUAUCGAAUCAUGGACAAGCCCACCAAGAAUCAGAACGAUAACAAGGGCGCGACGAAAAGAGGAAUGCCUUAUACAAGAGGUGCUGCAAUGUCCUUCGGAUUCCGUAGGAGACCAACAACUGGAAUUCCGGUGCCAGUAACGAAUUACAAUACAGAGACGAAUGUAAUACAACCGAGGUCGAAAUCAGCUGGACCUGAACAUGACCGAAGAAGAGAUGAUAAUUAUCAGCAGGGAAGAACGCAGAGUUCGUCUUCGGGACGAUCGACUCCUCGACUGGCACCGCCUAAAAAAGAAUCGUCCGGUGUCAACAUUAGGACCAAUCGCUUUGGCUUCAGACACACACAAGCCAAAUAUACCGAUAAGGUUUCGGACGUUUGUACAAGUCAUUUGAAUCAAGAUAAAAAUGUCAUUCAACAACAGAAUCAGGAUAAUUACAAUCUGAGGCAGAGUAGAUCGCCAGGUCCUCCACUAACGAAACCAAGACCCUCGCCAGUCAAUCAUCCAUCUUACAACAAUAAUCAUCUGUUACAAGAAAAGAGUGUUGAGAGAAAAAUUUCCGGAAUACCGGAACCUGUUAGUAAGUACACAUUGCAUACGAGUCAUCUACCUCUUCCGCAGUACGCCGUCAGGGUGAGUGAUUCAAAUUCGAAAAUUGCCAAAACUGUCGCGAAUCAGAGUCGAAAGGUGUCGAGGGGAUGUUCAUCGAAGGAGGGAUCCGGUACGGAGGAUUCUGGCGUUGGAAGUCAUCACGGUUAUUCAGAUGAGCAGGAUAUGGUGCGAGGUGUUGAUUUUAUCGACACUCCAGCAGGCAGUAGACGAGGCGGUCACCUGAGACCACGAAAUUUGAGAAUGGUCGUCACGGGAAAGAGCUUCGACGUUAGAGACGUUGAUGACGAUAGUACAGUGACGGAAAUUUCUGUAAUUCCUCUUCCAAAAUCAUUCGCCACUCCAAAUAUUAAUACCGGUCUCGUGAGGGAGAGAACAACGCAUUAUCAAAGGAUCCUCAAUAAGGACAAUAGAUACACCGAAUCAACUACCUCCAUGUCGACAACAUCGUCCGAGGGUUACGACGACGGCCUAGAGGAGAAAGUCUAUAAAGACAGAUCACAUUCCGAGAAAAUUCCCUCCAUCAAGUCUGAUUUUAGUCCACCAAGUUCUGAUGAUCCGGAAUAUGGACAUGGCGAAGCGAUGGCGGACGAGUAUUCGUUAAGUUCCAGUGACGAAUGUCAAAGGAUAUUGUCCACUGAGCAUUUGAAGACUAUUUCGAAUGCUGCUAAAAAUGGUACUUUGCCUAAAAAUGCGUUACGUUCGGUGUUAUUGACAAUUGAGGAUCCGGCAUUUGCGGCUGUUGCGGCGACAGCGACAGCGCUUAUUGAUGAUGAGACAUCGCCUGUUGAUAGUUUAUUCGAUAGUCCUACAGUCAGUAUUACUCAGUCUGAUGGGAAGACAAGAAAAGAGGGCGAUAAAUCACCGAAUGUUGUCGAGGAUGAUAGUCCAGGUACACCGACAAAUGCUUCUAAUUCAUUGAGUUUGUCCGAGGGCAGAGAGUUUUUCGAUGACGAAAUUGAAGAUCAGCCUGGAUUAGUUUUUGAUGACACUGGACGAGUGCCAAUUGAAAAUCGAUCCAGGACUAACAGUCAAGCGCACACGGAUAAUAGUCAAACCUUAAUUGAGUCUACAGCUAAAACAGUUUUGAUACAACCCAAAAGCGUCGAGAAUAGUCCAAUGCGAAUGCGACGAGUAACACGGGCUGGAAGUAUUGACACUUUAUCCUCAUGUGAAUCGAUUGCAUCUGAUGAUUUGAUGUUGGAUUAUGAGAGAAGUGACGCCAGUUCUUAUGGCGAUACAACUCUUAGAAUUCAUUCGUCGCAUAAUGACGACGAUGAUGAUGUCAAUGAACUAUUAGAUCUGGAAGUACAAAGUCAAGAAGUUAUGAGAGAAUGGACUUCUCUUUUGGGAGCACAUCACAUUAAUACCACCAACAACAAUGCUAAUCUUGGCAUCAAUAAUAAUAAUCCCACCACGGAUUCGGGAAUUACCAAUAGCAGAGCGACGAGACUGCUGCGAAACAGAUCGGGAGCAGACUCUCCAAAGUCUCUGGAUAGUACAAGAUCGCGACAAGUAUUCAGUCCCCUUCGACCCCCCAGAAAUGUCCAAUCGCCAGGCUUGGAUUCCGGAGAUGAAGGAAGCCUUCGACUGGAACGUGGGACUUAUCAGCAUAUGUUUCAGGACAUUGUCUCCCUUAAGACUAUGCUCUUGAAACUAAAAAGGGUUCUUCAGGAGUCAGGAGAGAACGGUUUGACGAGGGCUGAAACUCUCAACCCAUUCGAUAAUUCAUUAAAGAAUGGUCUCUUCUACCUGAAUGAGGAUGGAACGACUGAUGAUAACACUUCCUCUAGCAGUGUUAAAGAUAAAGAUGAAAUUGCUGAUUUAAGAAGACAAGUGAUAUUCUUGCAAGGACAAGUUGAGGAUAAAGAUCGAACGAUACAAUUGCUACAGUUGCAAAUGACAAAACAUCAGGGUGUGAAUGGUGCGGAUCCUCAAGUAAAGUCUUCUUUAAAUCAAUGGCAGGCUAAAGAAACUUGUAAUGCGACCACACAAACAGAAAAGAUACGCCCAAUAUCUGCGGGACCUGCGUUAUUACAGUCACUUCCUCAGGAUGGAAACAUGGGGCCUCUCGUUAGUUGGAGUGACUUGGGCAGUCCACAGAAUGGAUCAUUAAUUCCCGAAUUAAUUAAUGAUAAUAAAUUACAAAAGUCACCCAGUGUUGCUUGUUCCUAUCGGAUGUUGCGUUCAUCGAAGGAAUUCGCAGGAAAUCGGACAAUUGGAUAUUCAGCGACGAACAAUAAUUCUGGUUCAAUGAAAACAUCAUUAAAGGACAAUUCAAAUUCAAUUAAGUCCGUCGUAACAGAGAAUAUUGUCAAAGAUUCUCCCAUUAAAAUUGAAACCACGUGCAUAAAAUCAUCCAUUCCAACGUCAAGAAGAUUAGCAACACCAACCCUAAUACCAAGGGUAGCGAGAGCGGUUUCCGCAACGGGUCGUUUAUCCACUCUGGAUUUAGGAGUUAAUUAUGGAAACUAUAAUUCCAGUCCGUCAAAUUUAAAAGAUUCCAUUUCAUUUACUUCGAAAAUAAAUUAAUGUAAGUACAUUUAGUUAUUUAAAAAUUUAAAAACAAAAUUUAGUCACAUUUCUUUUGUACAAAAACAAACUCCUAAAUUCAGAACUGGAGAUUGUAAAAUUCGGAUAUUAAUUUUUUUCCUCUGUAAUUUAAUGCAUAGGUGGAAAUUUUUUUUUCCAUUU